AUGGAAUCAGCACCACCACCAAAUUUUACACUAGAGGAUUUAAAGUUGUCGUCUGUUUUAAACAGAGGGCGCUACAGUGAAGUAUGGAAGGGAUUGUUGAAUGAUCAAGAAGUUGCAGUGAAGAUAUAUUCUGCUAACUAUAAACAACACUUUACUAAUGAGAAGAACAUCUAUUCUUUGCCUUUUAUGGAACAUGAUAGUCUGCUACAAUUUUAUGGAUCUGAUGAACGGUUGUCCCAGGACGGCAAUAUGCAGUAUAUGUUGAUUUUAACUUACAUUCCAACUGGCUCGUUAUUUAGCUAUUUAAAACAUAAUACAGUUGACUGGUCCACCUUAUGUAAAAUGUGUAUCUCAUUUACCCGAGGUUUAGCUCAUUUACAUAAUGACAUCACAAAAGGAGAUCAAUUUAAACCAGCAGUAGCCCAUCGUGAUUUUAAUAGUAGAAAUAUUCUAGUAAGAUCUGAUCUGUCCUGUGUCGUAGCUGACUUAGGAUUUAGUAUGUCUGCUAUGGGCUCUAAAUUAAUCCGUAAUGGCCAUUCUGAAAAUGCUGAACAGACUUCUUUAACGGAUGUUGGAACAUUACGUUAUAUGGCUCCAGAACUACUAGAUGGUGCUGUCAAUUUACGAGAUUGUGAAGCCUCAUUAAAACAAAUAGAUAUUUAUGCACUUGGUUUGGUGUUAUGGGAGGUAGCAACUAGAUGUAUAGAUCUGUAUCAAGGUGCCCCAGUUCCAGACUACAUGUUACCAUACCAGGCAGAAGCUGGCAUACAUCCUACAUUCGAACAACUACAACUUUUAGUAUGCAGAAAUAAAACCAGACCUAAAUUCUCUGAAAUUUGGAAAGAUACCAAUCAGGCUGUAAGAUCUCUACGUGAGACUAUGGAUGAUUGUUGGGAUGCUGAUGCAGAUGCUAGAUUAACUGUACUGUGUGUUGAGGAAAGGUUAAGUGAUAUGAUCAUGAUGUGGGCUCAAGAUUCAAAACACAGAGCCAUAAUUACAACUGGUAUCAAGAUAUGA